GUGCGGUGGCUCGGGCGGAGUCGGUUUCACUAUCGUGAAACGAUCUCGAUCCAUAAGUUACAAAAUAAUAAAAGCAAACUCAUUUAGCGGUUUGAGAAGUCACAUACCGCUGGAUGUUACUUCAUCGCGGACGCCACAUCUGAGAUGUACUUUAUAGCAGCUUCACAGGGUGGAUUUGCUUGAGAUCUGGAGUUACGGGAAGCGUAGGAGAUUUUUUCGGCCCUGCUUUUCACUUACUAAAGUUUGCAUAUACACUUCGUUUUCUCUCUAUACUCACCGUUGCAAGGUUUGAGUACAGAGAUCCGUAGGUACAGACCUCACACAGAUGGGAAGAGUAUGUCUGAAGCACCUUGAAGGUGCACUCUAUCACUGGACUAUUAGUUUCACAUAAUCCACCCAUUAAAACAGACUAUCCAGAAUGGUUGAAGAUUAAUUAUUCUAGUCUUUGAAGUAAAAUAUUUUUUUCUUUAACUCUCACCUCUCAUCUGAAAGUUGGUUCAAAGAACCUUUGAAGUGAUCUUCAUUAUUUCUGUGACAGCUAAAGACUGAAACCAUAUCAUCAAGAUGAGCGCUGAAGGAUAUCAGUACCGAGCCCUGUACGACUAUAAGAAAGAGAGAGAGGAAGAUAUUGAUCUACACAUAGGUGACAUUCUCACAGUCAAUAAGGGUGCAUUGCUUGCAGUUGGUUACACGGAGGGUCUGGAGGAGAGACCAGUAGAAAUUGGAUGGCUACCUGGUUUUAAUGAAACCACUCAGGAAAAAGGUGACUUUCCUGGUACGUAUGUGGAGUUCAUCGGCAAGAGGAAGAUUUCUCCGCCAACUCCCAAACCAAGGCCCCCAAGGCCUCUGCCUGUGGCCCCUGUACCUGCCAAGCCAGAUUCCGACUCCGAGCAAGGCUCAUGCACUCUGUUAGACCUGACGGAGCAGUUUGCUCCCCCAGAUAUGGGGCCGCCCAUGCUGCUUAAGCUCCUGGAGGCCAUCGAGAAGAAAGGCCUAGACAACCCAACGCUCUACAGAAAUUUCACUGCUGGAGGAGGGCUUGAUGUGCGACAGUGUUUUGAUGGUGACCCUGCGUCGAUGGAUCUCGAGCAGAUGGACCUUCAGAUGUUGUGCGAUGGUCUGAGGAGGUACCUUCAAGAUCUGCCUCAGCCCAUCAUACCCUCUGCCAUCUACAAUGAGUUGAUACGCGUUGCUCAAGAGGUGCAGGGUACAGAGGAAUGCACCCAUCACCUGCAACUAAUCUCCAGCUCCUCAGCUCUUCCUCCGCAAUAUUGGUUGACCCUGCAGAGCUUGCUACGCCACUUCUCUCGCGUGUGCCAGGCCUCAGCGGCAAACCUGCUCAGCGCCCGCGCGCUUGCAGAGAUCUUCAGCCCAGCACUCUUCAGAUAUCAGCCCACCAGCUGUGAGCCCAGCCCUGAAGCACACAUCAGAAUAAUUGAAGUCCUGGUGACCAAUGAAUGGAGUGACAGUCAGGCAGCUCCAGCACUACCUCCCAAGCCACCCAAACCAACGUCUGUCACUAACAACGGUAUGAACAACAACAUGGCUCUGCAAGACGCUGAAUGGUACUGGGGAGAUAUCUCAAGGCAAGAAGUCAACGAGAAGCUUAGGGAUACAGCCGAUGGUACGUUUUUGGUCCGAGACGCCUCCACUAAAAUGCAUGGGGAUUACACUCUCACGCUAAGGAAGGGAGGUAACAACAAGCUAAUCAAAAUCUUCCAUCGAGAUGGGAAGUAUGGCUUUUCAGACCCUCUGACCUUCAACUCCGUGGUGGAGCUGAUCAACCACUAUCGGCACGAAUCCCUCGCCCAGUAUAACCCCAAACUAGAUGUGAAACUAUUGUACCCUGUGUCCAAGCACCAGCAGGAUCAGGUGGUGAAGGAGGACAACAUUGAAGCUGUUGGGAAAAAGUUGCAAGAAUACCACCAGCAGUAUCAAGAGAAAAACAGAGAGUACGACCGACUCUACGAGGAAUACACUAGAACAUCACAGGAAAUACAAAUGAAAAGGACUGCUAUUGAAGCUUUUAAUGAGACCAUAAAGAUCUUUGAAGAACAGUGUCAGACGCAAGAGCGAUACAGCAAGGAAUACAUCGAGAAGUUUAGGAGAGAAGGCAACGAGAAGGAAAUCCAAAGGAUCAUGGUAAACUACGAAAAGUUAAAAUCGCGCAUCAGCGAAAUCGUGGACAGCAAGCGGCGCCUGGAGGAAGAUCUGAAGAAGCAGGCGGCGGACUACAGAGAGAUCGACAAGCGGAUGAACAGCAUUAAGCCUGACCUCAUCCAGCUCAGAAAGACCAGGGAUCAGUACCUUAUGUGGUUGACACAGAAAGGAGUAAGACAAAAGAAACUCAACGAAUGGCUGGGAAUAAAAAACGAAAACCAGGACGAUCAAUACUCUACGGUGGAUGAUGACGAAGAUUUGCCGCACCACGAUGAGCGUUCCUGGAAGCUGGGCAACAUUAACCGCAUCCAGGCUGAGGCCCUUCUGAGGGGCAAGAAAGAUGGAACAUUCCUGGUCAGGGACAGCAGUAAAGCUGGUUGUUAUGCCUGCAGUGUUGUUGUGGAGGGCGAGGUCAAGCACUGCGUCAUCAACAAGACACCCACGGGAUACGGCUUCGCCGAGCCCUACAACCUUUACGGCUCUCUGAAAGAACUGGUCUUGCACUACCAGCACACGUCCCUGGUUCAGCACAAUGACUCUUUGAAUGUCAAGUUAACAUACCCGGUCUACGCACAGCAGAUGCGGUGAGAACUAGUUGAACACACCCUUGAGACUCGUUACAAAGACGGGAGUUGUGAAAGGGCCUCCCCUCGGAUGGAGACUCCCCAGUAGGGCUGCUACCGUGGACCGCUUGCCUUGAAACGACAGUGUCGGAAAGACAAAGCGAAACCCGAAACGAACAUUUCAGCCACUGAGACUUUCGCCAGACUGAAUGUAGAUUUCUUUCUUGAGCAGAAACUGCUGGACCUGAGCUCAUUUUCUCCCAAAAUGGAGGACUUUGGAGGCCUUUUCCAAAUGGUGCUUGUUCAUUUCAAAGCUUUACCCGCUGCUGGAAUGUGUAACCUUGAUUUAACCUCUGGAGUGAAUCUUUUUUUACCUCUUUACCCCCUCACCUGCUCAGUUCAGGACCCUUUAUGUGUGUGUUUGUUUGUCUACGAGAGAAUGUGAUGUGACCAAAAUUCACAGUAUCUGAAAGCUAUCGGGAUGUUCGACAUGUGUGAAACUUUCACGAACAGACCAUGGAAUCAGUUGAUCAAAUGUAGCAAGAUAGCACUUUCGAAACAGUAUCUACUAGUUUUCCUGACUUGUUUAUGAACGUUGGAUACGACACGCCUCAUCUCAGAGGAGCACAGCGACGAGAAGAGAGAUGUUUGGCAUUUUCUUUGUGAGCAUUAUUGUGACAGACUCUAAAUCCAUUUCUCCUUUCUCAUGGAUGGGCCAGAAUGGAACUUACUGAAACAGACUUCACGCUGUAUAUAAUGAUAGCAUCAAAAGCUACGUGACAAAACCAUAUUGAACCAAAAAACGCAGUUCUUUCUCAGUUGUUUCUGCUAUGCAAAUUCUGUAUUUUCCGUCUUCUCUGCAGAGUUGUGAUUUUAUUUUACACAUUGCUAUCCAUAAUAUAAACUUGUUUUUAUUGCUUAAAGGUCUUUUUUAUGUCGUAUCUAAGAGGAUAUUUUAAGUGUCAAAUCGCCAAGAAAGAUGGCUUCAGUUUUACAGAAGAAGUGAGAAAAAGUACUUUAUUACAUAUUUCUUUACAGGCGCCGGUAAAAUUAAAGAGAGAGUAUUUUAUUAGUCUUUUUCACUUGGAGCUGAUUUUCUCUCGGGCAGAGCCCAGAGAAUAUUAGUGCUGCUUCCGUCUACAGUAAUGGUGAAUAUAUAUCUGAACAUUUUCAAUAGAACAAAAUAAAUUCGAAAUCACUGCAAUUCAAUGAGUCGUGUCGAAACAACACAACACUGCAUUUUCCCAAACGAAUAUAGAGGUUUAUUUUGUGAUAUUUGUUCCAUAGUCAAGAACGAAGCGAUUUGAUCCUCUGGAAUGAUGGUGAAAUAUGUUUGUUUCGGUGAUGAAGACUAACACCCUCUCAUUCCUUAUCAACAUAGUAUUUUUCUGUAUCAGAAAAUCAUUAAGCGUUUACGUGGAUCAGCUCCGUUCCACUUGUACCCGACGUUCUAGUUUGCGCCACGCGCUCCGAAAAUGCAAAUUCAUCUGGAUGAUACACGUUUAGGGGGAACUUGCCAGCUUUACAAUUUUCAUCGGUAGAUACAGUAUUCUCCAUGAUCGGUGAAGUCAGUAUUGCUUUUGCCUUCUGCUUUUGUGUACAUUGCACUUGGCAAACGCAUUUGAUAUUUUGCAUAAAUAUACAUCAACGUUGACAACAGUAAUUAAUGAGUUAACUUUCAUUGUUGCUUUUUUGUUUGUCAGCUGUACGGUUAUAUAUUUUUAUUGGUUUGACUCCUUCUUUUAACUAGGCCUGAUUGCCUUAAAUUGAGUUAGUUGUUCAUAAUUGUCGAAGGUAUGCUGUACUGUUGAACUCAGCGAUGUGUUUUCUUAUUCGUCUUGUAAAAUUGUCAAGUGGGAAGUUUCUCACACGUGCAUACGCACAAAGCGGUUUUUGUCCCACAAUGUUUUUUUUAACAUUUUGUUUGAAUAUUAAAUGUUUCUUAAAAUGAUACAUGUGGUUUGAGGGAAAUGUUUGAACUUCACAGACCACACUACAAAAUCAUGAUUUGAUGUUUGGAAAUUGAUGUAUAGUUUGCGUUUCUUUUUCAGUUUUUCAACUGAAUCACUGCAAAUUGUCACUUUAAACCAACACUUUGUUUAGAUAAAAAAUCAUUUUAGGAAUUA